AUGCCAACUUCCAAACUCAAUGCGCUUUCUCAAAUCACCAUGCUCAAACAAAUCAUGAAGCAUUGGAGGAGCGUAGGCCUCAAGCGCCGAUCACAGUCUAACUCCGAUCACAACGGUGUUUUCUCCUCCUCGACGGUUCCGUCUGGUUUUCUGGCGAUUUACGCUGGAGAAAACCGCGUUAGAUUCCUUGUUCCGGUUCGGUUCUUGCACUUUCCGAUCUUUAUUGCGCUGCUUAAUAAAGCGGAGGAGGAAUACGGAUUUAAAUUCAAUGGAGGCAUUGUUUUGCCAUGUGAGGUUGAGUUUUUUGAACAGGUGUUGAGUUUUCUUCGUAAAGAUGAGAAGAAAUACGGCGGUUUGGAGGUUGGGGAAUUUUUGAAGGUGAUUUCUGAGUUGGAUUUUGGUUCUUCUUCGUCGUGUAAGAUUCAACAAGGUAAUUGUUCUUCUGCUCGUGACAGGCUUUUACCUCGCAUGCACAGAGCUAGGGUUUAG